CUCGAUCUCGAUCGUCACUUUUCAUUCCCCUUCCCCGAAACCUUCCUCUUCAAUUUCAGACGUGAAGAAAAAGAAGAAGAAGAACACUAAGCCUUGAAAGGGAAAGCCAAAACAAAAUUUCGUUUUGUGGAACAAUGGAUAAACAGCAUUAUUUGAUGAAUGCUGGAAUUCCACUCCAAAUUGAAGCCUCAAUGCCAAGUCCAUGGAGCUCCGAUCAAUCCUUCUCCAUGGAUCACCAUUUUGACUCAGCUUUGACCUCCGACGCCUUCGCCCUCCGCCACCUCAUCGGAAAACUCGACCGCUCUUCCCCUUUACCCUCGCUCGCAGCCGAUCCGGGCUUCGCGGAGCGGGCGGCCAAGUUCUCCUGCUUCGGCAGCCGGAGCUUCAACGGCCGGACUUCGUCGCCGGGCAGCGCCACCCCAAUCGCCAGCAGCCCGUCGUUGAAAUUGAACAGGAAGCUUCCCAGCUCCGGCGCCAACUCCAACGAGGAAUCCUCAGUCUCAGAGCAGAUACCGAGCUCCAAUUCCAGGAAAAGAAAGUCAGUUUCCAGAGGGAAAAACAAGGAUGACAGAUCCAAUUCACCUAAGGAAGCCGAGGAAGAUGAAAAGCUGAAGCGAUCAAAGCAAACGGAAAAUUGCGAAAACGAACAAGAAUGUAACGAAAAUAAGACGAAUCAAAAGCCGCUGGAGCCGCCCAAAGACUACAUUCAUGUCCGAGCCAGAAGGGGCCAAGCCACUGACAGCCAUAGUUUAGCCGAAAGGGUGAGGAGAGAGAAAAUUAGUGAGAGGAUGAAGCUUCUCCAAGAUCUCGUACCAGGUUGCAAUAAGGUUACUGGAAAAGCAGUGAUGCUCGACGAAAUCAUAAACUACGUGCAGUCAUUGCAGCGACAGGUCGAGUUCUUGUCAAUGAAGUUGGCAUCAAUGAAUCCAGACAUGGAUUUUAACAUGGAGAACCUUCUCUCCAAAGACAUGUAUCAACAAAGCACGAGUCUACCACAACAAAUGUACCCUUUGGAUUCCUCUUCCCCAGCAUACUACCAUUAUCAUCAUCACAAUGUACAACACCAACACCUUCAUGGUACAAACAUCUCAAGCGUGGACCCUCUCCCUCUAGAUGCUAGUUUAGGAAUUCCGAUUGAUGGAUUCGCCCAAAAUUUACCCCAGUUUCCAGCAUUCACUGAAGAUGAUCUGCACAGCAUUGUCCACAUGGGAUUCAUCCACAACUCUGUUCAAAAUCAAACCUCAAACAUGAAAGUUGAGCUUUGACAGCGCAUGAUGAUUCCAGAAAGAAAAGGCUCUGCUGUAUAUAACUGACAUGGAUUUUAUAUCAAUUCUUACAGCCAAUCCAAGAAUCUUUUCUUUUCUUUUUCCUUUUUCUUAAUUAUUUAAAACAUUAUGUAAUUCUGGUUUUUUUUUUUAAAUUCAGAUUAUUUAGUGCCCUUUUGCCUCUUUUUUUUGGUGCAAGUCUUGGUUCACAGCACCAAAAAUUUGUAAUAUAUAGGAUGUAAUUAAUUAUUAUAAUAGUAUUAAAUUA